UGCCAAGCUUGUAUUCUCUUUCCACUACUAGUAUAAAUAGAGAAUCGACUAGGAUGCAGAGCAGAGCUGACCUGACCUGACAGUUUUCUCUAUCACUUUUUUAAGUUUUCUGGUGAAUUUGAAUGGAUUCUAGAAAUGGUUCAGUAUCAGAAACUCCAUUGGAUGCUGAAAUCGGAUCAUUUUUUGAUUCAGCUCCUCCUCUAAAAGACUGUGAUGGGAUUGCCAAGAAAUUGAAGGAUUUCAUUGAAUUCAAUUCUCCGCCACCAGGAAAAGGGAGUCCUGCGGGGGUUGUGUGUGUGACAUCUGGUGGCACCACAGUUCCGUUGGAGCAAUGUUGCGUGCGUUACAUUGAUAAUUUCAGUUCAGGCCAUAGAGGAGCUACAUCUACUGAAUAUUUUAUCAAGGCUGGAUAUGCUGUUAUAUUUUUAUAUAGGAGGGGAACCUUCCAGCCAUAUUGCCGAUCUCUUCCUGAGGAUUCAUUACUUGAAUGUUUUGAGUGUUCUGAUGACUCUGCUAUUCAAGUGCGUCAACCAUAUACGGAAGCAGUGAAGAGAGCCAUUAGUGAUCAUCAUGCUGCUGUGGCUGGAGGUCACCUGUUAAAAAUUCCAUUUACAACCAUAUUUGAGUAUCUUCAGAUAUUACGAAGCACAGCAAUGGCAAUGAGGGAUCUUGGAUCACAUGCUGUGUAUUAUCUUGCUGCUGCCGUGUCUGACUUUUAUGUUCCAUGGAAGAGCAUGGCAGAGCACAAGAUCCAGUCAGCAUCUGGCCCUCUGGACAUGCGACUGGUGCAGGUCCCAAAAAUGCUCUCAGCGCUGAAGAAAGCAUGGGCCCCCAUGGCCUUCUGCAUAUCAUUCAAGCUUGAGACAGAUUCGAAGAUUCUUUUGGAGAAAGCUGAAAUGGCUCUUAGAAAGUACAGGAUGCAUAUGGUUGUUGCAAAUGAACUUUCGACCCGCAAAGAGGAAGUAACAGUCGUCACUGGCAAUGAAAAGAUUCUUGUAUGCUGCGACAAGACUCGGUCUGAUUCUGAUGUGGAAGAACCGCUCAUCGAACUAAUUGUGGGCAGGCAUUCAGCUUAUGUUAAGGAUUCUGAUUUGUGACUUUUCAGGUAGGCAACAGAUACACAACACACGUUUCUCACUCGUUUUGAGGUUUUACAUGCUAAAAGACUUCACCAUGGUGGCAUUGU